AUGGUGCACAAGUAUCGGGGCGAACAACGAACCUCUCCACCCCCUUUACUGCAACAGCAUAAUCUUCUCAGAUGUGACGGUAAUGCUUCUUCUCUAUUGACAUAUUUUUUCUGUCUCUCAUCUUUCUCUUUCUUUCUCACAUUAUCUUUUACUUUGUCUUUACUGUCACUCUUUUCUCUAUUUUCUUUAUUUGGAUUUUUUUUUCCGUUUAUCUUUCAUAUAGUCUCAUUUUUUCUUUUCUUUUCUUUCUCUUUCUUUCUAGAUAUCUCUAUCCUUUCUCUUUUUUCUCUUUCAUAUUUUCUCAUUUCGUUUUACCUAUCACUCUUAUUUUCUUCCCGCCAUGUUUUUCUCUUUAACACUCAUUUUCAAUAUUUAUUUUAUUGCAAAUUUCUUUUUAAUUUUUAUUUAUUUUUCUCUUUCUCUUCUCUCUCGUUUUCUCACUCUCUUUUUAUUAUUUUAUUUUUCACGACGUUUUCCUUUAUUGCAUCGUCUCCAUUGUUAACAUACUCGCCUAUUUUUAAUUUUUAUUUUCUUUUUUUCUUUCUUUUUCUCAUAUUUUCGGACCUUUUUAUUUCUUUUUCUUUGUAUUCUACCCAGUCUUUUCUUUCUUUCUCUUCUCUCUUUCUAAUUUUUCUUUCUCUCUUUCUCUCUCUUUUUCUUUAUUCCACAUCUUUUCAUACAAAUUUCUUUUAUUCUGUAAAUUAUUUGUCUUUAUCUACGUCUGUCCAACUUCUUUUAGUCUUACUCCUCCCUUUCAUCUAUCUUUCUGUAUCUCCCUUUCUUUCCUAUAUUCCUUUACUCUCUUCGUUUCUCUCACUCUAUCUCUUAAUCUCUCUUUCCUGCUUAACUUUCUUUUCCUCUUUGUUUCGUAUUCUCUUUCUUAUUCCCUUCCUCUUUUCUUUUUACUUUCUCUCUCUCCACUCAUUUUUCUAUUUAGCAUCUCUUUUGCCUUUUGUUCUUCGAUUUUCUUUAUCUCUUUCUCAAUCUCACUUUCGUAUUUUCUUUCUCCUGUUCCUUCUUUCUUUCUCCCUUUCUUUCUCCAUUUCAUUCAUUCAUUCUUUCUUUCUUUCUCCUUUUCUUUCUUUCUUUCUUUCUUUUUUCUUUCUUUCUCCAUGUCUUUCUUUCUUUCUUUUUUAUUUCUUUCUCUAUGUUUUUCUUUCUUUCUUUCUUUCUUUCUUUCUUUCUUUCCCCAUGUCUUUCUUUCUUUCCCAGUUCAUUUUCACUUAUCUUUCCUUCUUUUCAUUUUCAACUUUGCCAUCUGACAUUUUAUUCAAUUUGCCUAUCCUCACCAGAUUCUUCUUCAACCAACUAUAUUUAAAAUGGCCGUCAACAUCUCAACCUAAAACCUCAACUUAUCUCUCUCUCUCUCUCUCUCUCUCUCUCUCUCUCUCUCUCUCUCUCUCUCUCUCUCUCUCUCUCUCUCUCUCUCCCCGUCGAGUUCGACCACGAACUAAUUAUCUGCAUGCCUAUGAUGGACAUAAAUUUUAA